AUGCAUUCACAAACUCAUUCCCAUAAUGACAAGACGAAACGGAGCAAUUCUGUCUCAAUACGCCUAACCGAGUCGGCUGUCUUUUUGCGUACCGACGGCGCGCCAGUUAGGCGAGGAGCAAUACCAGAUCCUCGUACUUCUUUGGUCCGCGGCUUGUUAAUCCUUGACCUAGUGAAACCCACAAAGUUAACAAGUAUCGAGGUUGAACUCUCUGCUACAACUGCAAAUGCAUGGCCCGAAGGCAUUGGUGCCCGUCGCAUAGAUGUGACCGAAGAGCACAGAGUAUUUCGUGCUACAACAACCUAUUUUAAUGCCGGAAAAUCUCAGCAUCCUACCCGACGGACUGCCUCCAUUGGACCUGGAAUUCUCUAUUCUCAACAGUACAACCAAAACCUAGAUUUUGAUAAUAGUAGUGGGGAUUUGGAAGAUGAUUUUGAAGACGAUUGGGACUACUUGAGGGACCAAGCAUCUCGUGCGGAUACGUCGGUCACACGAUUUGCUCGCUCGAGGUCGAGAGACGCUCGUAGGACAAGCACUUCAGAAUUCAAUCAUAGGAAUGGGAGGUCGAGCUCUAUCGGUCUCCAACCCUCACAGGCAAGCCCCCAUACAUCACAGACGACCCAGGUUGAUGAGCCUUCCCCUGUUCCCCCGGUCGCAGCACCUGUUGCUACUUCCUCCUUCCGCGCUUCAUUUAUGGACUCACGAACUCGUCCCAAUCGACGGAUGAGCAUCGACAACGGCCAAUUUCAGCGGAUGCCGCUUUACGAGGCGUACCACCAGGAAGAUGAAGACUUACAGAGAUUGGCCCCAAUUCCACCAUAUUCACCAUUUCCUCCAUCGCCUAUGGAGCAUAACGUUUUUUUGAUGGAUAGACAAAACAGUGGCCAGGCGGACUCACCGAUGUUUUCCGGUCUGCGCUAUUCUCAAAAUCAUGGCAGUCAAACAAACUUGUCGCCGUCCAUACAGCCAAACCACCUUGAACCGUCUCUCUCACGUCACACAGGCUUACCCAACCCAAUUAUGGAGCAUGGGGAAUUAGAAGCAUCGACGCUGGGCCAACAACAUCCAUCCGAUAAUGAGAACCACGACCAAGCUCCUCGGGAUAUUCUCACUGCGUCGAGCAUGCGCAUAUCGCGCCUUCCACAUUCACCGAGAGCUCUGCCAUAUACAUCUCCGAUGUUAGAUACCCGUCUAUCAGCAUCUUCGUCAAUGUCUUCCUCUUCAUCGUCUUCGCAUCCUCCUCACACACCUCUCACCGCACAAGAUUCGCCGACGAUUGGGUCGAAUCAUGAAAGGGGAAGAAAGGGUUCUCGAUUCAGUUUCGCGGCGGUUUCUAACAUAUUCAUGGAUGCUGUACGACCGAAGCUGUCAACAUCGAAGGAGAGAGGUUUAGCCGGACCGAGGGAGUCCUCUGUGGACGGCAACAGUCUCCAUCAUCAUCGACGAGGAAGGACUAUGGAGAGAGAAUGUGCAACAGACCUGCAUGAAGAUCUGACAGAAGAAAACGAGGGAUCAAGAGGAAGAGGUUCUACAGAACGUGGACGCCAUGUUUUGGGUAGAAUUUUGAAGGACAUGGAGCACAAACCAAGGUCAGACGGUUGGAAAGAGUUCAAAAAAGGAACAUAUACAUAUCCAAUAUCUUUCACUAUACCUGCUAAUGCGCCUCCAACAAUGCAAUGUGACUAUGGGUCUGUAGGGUGGAAACUCAAAGCCAGUGUUCAUCGGCCUGGAGCAUUCAAGUCCAAGAUGACUGCCGUUCGCGAGGUCAUCACUGUUGCUUGCCCUACGGAAGAGGACACCGAAGAUACUGAGAAUAUCAUUGUCGAGAGACAGUGGGAGCAACAAUUACAAUACUUGAUCUCAAUCUCUGGAAGAAGUUUCUAUAUCGGUGGAACGGUUCCGGUUACAUUCACAUUCAUGCCUCUUACAAAGAUGCGGAUACAUCGGUUGUCGGUUUACAUUGAAGAACGGGUGGACUAUUAUACCAAUAUGCGUCGUAUUGCUCGUACUGAUCCACUCACUCGUUUCACACUUUUAUCUAUCAAAGGGGAAGGGAAAGGCGCGGAUCCAAUACUACCACUCGACUCCGAUUCUCCAGAUGCAUUCCGCCAAUCUCCUCUGUAUUCUCUAGUCAGCCACCCAUCGUCCGAAGUAGACCUUUCUGAAUUAGCAUCGAACCUCAUGGGACCUGGGCCUUGGACUUUCCACCAGGAUUUACAACUUCCCAAAUCUUGUAACACAAUGCAUUUUACGAAUAAAAAUCGUCGAAGCAACAUUGUUGUGUCGCAUAUGCUCAAAGUUGUCAUCAGAGUCGAAAGAGGAGACGAUGUCCAUGUGGAUGGAAGGACGGGUAAACGGAAACUAUUUGACAUUGUGGUCCAGACGCCGGUACUGAUACUUUCGUGCCGGUGUAAUCCUGAAUGGACUUCCCUGCCUCGAUACGACGCUGUCUUCGAUGAUUCUCAGACAAUAACACCGAACUGCCCUUGUCAAGUCGCGCGCGUGAAAGCGCAAGCAGAAGCUACUUCGCGUGCUAUGAGCAAUGUGUCUUCGGUGUUGGAUCGUGUCACCUCCAGACAGUCAUCUGAUUCGUCUGGGGCGUCAGCAGCGGAGACAACCGUUGUUUCUCCUUCUACGACGUUUUCUUUGAUGCGGCUGAACCAACACGACGCCUUGCUGCGCUCCAAUGAUCUCUACGAACGAUUAAUGUCAGGGCAAGAAACGGAGAGCGGAGAAGCACCGCCUGCAUAUGACGCGUCCUCAACUUCGCCUCACGGGAUCCCUAUUUCACCAGCUCCUGCACGGACGAGUUCCGCGAAUGAGGUUGCUGUCGUUUGA